UUUAAGGACAAAGUGAGUAUAGACCUAGCAAGCAAGUCAUUUUGAAAAUUCCCAGAAAAUACAAAUAUGUUUCGAUAUAAUACUCGGAAAUUAUGUUUAUGCAUGGUGCUUGUGUUAUUGGUUUUUAUAUUGGCGAACCACAGGUCGGACCACUCGAAAGAAAAACCUAUAGAUAAAACCUGGCAUAUCGAUAUAGAGCCCGUAACACGUACCACUUUUAACAGUACUGAACAGACUAAAAAGGUGGUUGCGAAAAAUGUCCUCGAAAAGUUCUUUGUCCUUAGUCCAAAGUGCAAGAUGCCGAGGGUCAAUCCGUUUGUAAAGGGGUUCCCUGAAUUAAGACCCCUACGAUUUAAGUCCUGCACAGAUGAGCCAAGUUUGGUCAGCGUUAUCUACGAUCGUGAGAAGAAACACUAUAUGCUGCACUUGAACAUGGAUGUAUCCUUGAAUCACUUUGCGGCUUUUUCGAAUUUCGGGUGCACAUAUAUUGAGGUAGUUCCCGGAGCAACCGAUGUUUUUGCUUAUGUGGAAUCUCCGGAAUAUUUCCAUCAGGACUGGAUAGUGCCGAGUCACUUUCUGGGAGUGAUAGUCGAGUGCCAUGAGAUGAGGAACAAGUCGCGGGUUUUGCAGCGUGAUGCCUUCUCGUUUAUUCAGCACCUGAAGAAUCGAAACGAGGAGAACGAUCUAAAAAGGGGUGCCAAGUACCCCAGUGUCUUUCUCUUUGGGAUCGACAGUAUGUCCCGCAUGAACUUCCGGCGUAGCAUGCCCCUCACCUCGGAAUUCGUCAGUCAGAAGGGAUGGUUUGAGAUGGAGGGAUAUAACAAGGUUGGCGACAAUACCCUGCCGAAUUUAAUGGCCAUCCUAACGGGUCGUACUCCGAGGCAAUGGCGAUCCCAAUGUGAUGUGCGAGUGUCCGGAUGUCUGGACAGCCUGGUCUUUUUAUGGAACCACUUUCACAGCGCCGGUUAUUUAACAGCCUAUGCCGAGGACUUGUCUUCGAUAUCCACCUUUAACUACUUGAAGAUGGGUUUCAAGCAUCCCCCAGUGGAUUUCUAUUUGCGACCCUUUCUCAUGGUCAUCGAACAGGUUCUGCAAACGGUGGAGUAUUUUGGCUUCAAAUAUUGCGUGGGCAGAAGACACAGCUUUAGUUAUGUCUUCGAUUUUGCUAAACAGCUGAUAGAGCGUUUUGUUUCUGAGCAGCCGAAACCGCUUUUUGGCCUAUUUUGGACGAGCAGUUUCACUCACGAUGAUUUUCGUGGAGGUGCCAAUUUGGACGGCCUAUUUGCUCGCUACAUGGAACAGUUCAAGCGGUACGGGCUGUUCGAAAGAUCCAUUGUGAUACUCCUCAGUGAUCAUGGCUCCAGAUACGGACCUUUGGCCGAGCACUAUACUGGAUAUCUGGAGGAGCGGCAGCCCAUGUUACACAUAUACAUACCACCCUGGUAUCGAAGGCGUUAUCCAUCAGUGGAAAGGGCCCUGAUUUUAAACAAAAAUCGCCUGAGUUCUAAUUACGAUCUACAUCUCGGUAUCAGACAAAUUAUCGAGCAAAUCCGUCCGAGGCUUGAUUUCAUGAAAACCGUCAAGUGUGAUUAUUGUGGAUCUAUUUUGAAAGUGCUGCCGAGUAAUCGAAGCUGCUCGGAUGCCGGUAUUCCCGAUCAUUGGUGCACCUGCAAGCCAUUUGUGACUGUUCGAAUCACCCUUCCUAUCCGAAGACUUACAAAGUUGACUGUGAAUCGAAUGAACAGGUACUUGAAGAUGCUAAAUGUCGACGGCGACUGUCAUCGUAUCAAGUUAAACAAAGUAUUGAAGGCCGACCGACAACUGCACUUCGAUGAACAUGGAAAUGAAGUGCAGUCUCCCAAUAAUGUUGAGACCUAUCGUAUUCUGUUUACCACCAAAUCAAAUAACGCAAAAUUUAGAUCUAUCGUUUAUAGUAACGCGGACAAUGAUGUCGUGACCAUUCAAAUGGAUAUGAUCAGUCGCCUAAAUUCGUAUCACAACGAGUCGUAUUGUGUGGAGGAUGCUCUUGCGAAGAAAUUCUGCUUGUGCUAUAAGGAUCAGUUCUUAAAACUUGGUGAACGGGCGGCCUCAAGGGAGAGGAAAGUUAAAUAUAAAUUUCAUGAAAACGAGGACGACUAUUACGAUGAAGCUAAAUAUAAAACUCAUGAUUAUUAAAAA